UCUGUCACCACUUCAUUGAGCCGAGUGGGAGGAUGUAAUCUGUCUGACUGAGAAAAGUGCAUGACCAGAGGCUGCAUGUGUCCGGGACCUCAGUGAAGACAGGGACAUUUCGGCAGGAUGCUCCGGCUGUUUGCGGCUCUGGUGAUUGUUGGGCUUCUGCUCGCCUGCUUCACUUCCUGGGUGUUUGACAGCUAUGACACUGCUUGGCACCCUAAACGUAGUUUGGAUGAAUCCGGUGAUAAAAGCAUGAACAAGAGGAUCGGCCCACCGUAUCCCAGCGGACAGCUGGAGAAUAUCUUUUGGUUUGUGCAGGUGUCUGACAUCCAUAUCAGUCGUUUCCAUGAUCCCAAGCGCAUAACAGACUUCGAAAGGUUUUGUAGUGACACCAUUGAUGUGAUAAAACCAGAUCUUGUGCUGGCCACAGGGGACUUAACAGAUGCAGUAGGCUCUCUUCAACAUGAGGUGGAGUGGCAGUCCUACCAGAACGUCCUUAAAAGAUCACGAGUGCUGGAGCGCACAAAAUGGAUCGACAUUCGGGGAAACCAUGAUGCCAUUAAUAUUUUAUCACUGGAGAGCAUGAACAAUUACUACAGGAAGUACUCUGCCCAUCAGAAAGUUGGAUCCUUCCACUACAUCCACAGAACUUCUUUUGGAAACUACUCGUUCAUUUGUGCUGAUGCCACUCUAACCCCUGGGCCCAAACGACCCUAUAACUUUUUUGGGAUCCUCAAUCAGACUCAGAUGGAUUUGUUGGCGACCUUUAGAGAAGAGAGUUUGAGCAGUAACAAGUCCAUCUGGUUUGGGCAUUAUACCACAUCUACCAUCAUCUCCCCCUUUCCAGGAGUCAGAGAACUCAUGAGUACAGCUGUGGCAUAUCUGUGUGGGCACUUGCAUACACUAAGAGGCUUCAUGCCAGUAUUGCAUAGUAGACAUCAAGGAGGCACGCUGGAGCUAGAGCUUGGAGACUGGAAGGACAAACGCAGGUACAGGAUACUGGCUUUUGAUCAUGACCUGCUUAGUUUCUCUGACUUCACUUUUGAGGACUGGCCAGCUGUGCUGAUCACCAAUCCCAAAGAUGCGCAGUACCUGCACCCAGGAGUGGAGCCUUUGGUUCGCAUUCGCAGUUCCACACACAUCAGGGUCAUCACUUUCUCAGAAUCUCCAAUCACAGCCGUGUAUGUGAGUGUGGAUGAAGUUCCGCUUGGAGAAGCUGCCAGUGCAGGCGGACCUCUUUAUGUACUGCACUGGGAUCCAUCACUCUACGCCACUGGACUGCACACUAUCAGUGUUAAAGUGGAGGACUCAGCAGGUCGCUCAAAAGUGCGAGAGCAGCAGUUCACCCUAGAAGAGGACCUCACCCCCAGUUUUGGCUUCAUACAAUCCUUCAUCCUGCUAACAGAUCACUACAUACUGGCACGGAUUGCCUUUGUAGCAAUAGUGUCACUAAACCUAGGCGGGCUUGUAGUCUUCAGAGUUAUGCGUGUAUCCUCUGCAAGAGGUAUGUCAGUUGAAGCAUGGAUGUCCCUACAUCUUGUCAGUAAGAUCAACACCUUCUACUACUCUCUGUUGCUGUUCAACCUGUGCACAGCAUUGGGUCCAUGGUUCAUUGGGGAAGUAAUUGAUGGUCACAAUGGGGCCUGCUUUGCUUUUGGUGUGUUUGUGGAUGGGCAUUUCCUUGAAGGCAGUCUAUCCUAUGUCGUGGGAGUUAAACAGAUGCUCUUCUUCAAUAUGCCUCUCACUUAUUACCUCUGCUGGAGUCUACAUCACAGGUUUCGCGGCGCCAACUUUUGUUCGCACUUCUGCCACCCAGGGUGCCGCUGGCGGACUCUGGCUGUGCACCUGGGCAUGCUGGUCCUCUUGAUCUGGCAGGCCUAUUCUUGCUACUUACUGUUGAAGACCUACGGGCCACUGGCCUUCUUCCUGUCACCGGUACGUACAUGGGCCCUGCUCAUGGGCUUGCUGCUGGUGUACAGGGUGUGGUGGGGACCGCAUCCUCGAAUCUCUGAUUUCAACAAGACCAACAGACCAUUUUGACAGUGACAGUUGAAGUGAGGCCUUCACUUGUUUUAUUCUCUUGAUGGACGUUGUUUUGUGCCAAGAUAUUCCCUCCUGCCUCUCUUUUCAAAAUCACUUAAAUCCUUUUUAUGAAUGGAUGAUCGCAUCACACAUUGAGGACAGGGCCCUUUCAAACCUGGCUCUGAUACUCCAUUGACAGUAAGAUGCAUUUUUUGAUUUUAUAGCAAACUGCCACAGUUUUGAACCCAAAAUGUUUUAAAUUGAAGUCUUGCCAGUGUUGAAAGAUGUAUGUGGUUAAGCACACCUACCUAUUACUUUAAACUGCAGAUUGUUCUUUUUUAUAUUUAAUUACAUGUCUGUUUUAAUUGUGAAAGGCAGUCAAGAAUGGAAUAAGACUGCCUGUUACUCUUAAUAAUUAAUAUUUCUGCAUAAAACCCACCUGAUCAGAUUCAACUAAUGGGUGGGUGAAUCUCUUGAAACCUGUCAGGUACAAAUUGUAUUUGACCUCAAAAAUUCUCAAAAGAAAACAUAUUUUAAUGAAAGAAAAUGCAGCUAUUUUUUAGGGCCAUUAAGAUUUUUUUCCCUCUUUACUGUAGUGCAAAAAAACACUCCCUCUUUAAUAUAUAUAUAUAUUAUUUUUUUAUUUUUUUCACAUUUUAGAAUAUUAGUAAAGUCAUCAAAACUAUGGAAUAACAUAAAUGGAACUUUGGGAAUUAUGUUGUGACUAAACAAAAUCCAAAUAAAUCAAAACUGUGUUAUAUUUUAGCUUCUUCACUGUAGUCGCCCUUUGCCUAGAAUUUGCAGACAUGAACUCUUGACAUUUUCUCAAGCAACUUCUUGAGGUUUCACCCUGGGUUGCUUUUUAAACAGUAUUGAAGGAGUUCCCAUCUAUGUUGGGCACUUAUUGGCUGCUUUUCUUAAUUAUUUGGUCCAAGUCAUCAAAUUCAAAACUUUUUUUUUUUUUAAAUAACAUUUUAGUUUUAUAAUGAAAUAAAUUAAUAUGUUGGCACAGUUAUAUUUUUGUCUACAAAACAAAUUUCAAACAUUUAAGCAAACGCCUUCAGAUCAAAAGAUUUUUAAGAUCAUGAGAAACAUUUCAGUCAAGUGUUCCAAAAGUGUGUAUAUAUAUAUACACACCUUGUAUGUAAAGUACUUUUAAAAAUAAAGGAGUAAUGCGAAUCGCCACUCAGAAUAAUAGCAAGUACAGAAAACACUUGAUGCAGUAAUGAGAAUUUUGGGGGAAAUGUGCUUGAUGUCAAUAAUUCAAUGAGGCUUAAUUUUCUGUAUGCAAAAUAUAAUCUAUUAUUAUUUAUAAUUUUAUACAUAAUGCAAGUACAGUUGCAUAAAUAGGAACGUCGCCUUGUCGUACCAAAACAAAGAGGCACCAAAACACUUUCCCGGACUUUCAGUUUCAUCAUACCACGGUGGUGGAAUGACCUUCCCAACUCAAUCCGGGAAGCUAACUCACUCUCUAUCUUCAAAAAACGGCUAAAAACACAUCUUUUCCAAAAGCACUUAACCGGUCAAUAAAAAAAAAAUAAAUAAAUAAAUAAAUAAAUAUAUAUAUAUAUAUAUUUACAUUUCUUGUUGCACUUAAAUCUGUUUUGUAUACUAUUAUGAUGAUAGUGAAACUUUGUAAUAUGGCACUUUUUUUGUACCACUGUCUCCCUAAGAUGAUUCGCUGAUGUUCUUCCUCUUUUGUAAGUUGCUUUGGAUAAAAGCGUCUGCCAAAUGAAUAAAUGUAAAUGUAAAUGUAAAUAUUAAAACAUUGAAAAAUAAGGAAACAAAAUAUGCACAAUCAUGUUACGUGUUUAUUAACACCUUCUAACAGAUCCUUUAUAGUUAGUUUUGCACAUUUGCAAACCACACAACCAACCUAGAACAAAAAGAUAUUUUGAAAAGAAACACUUGUGUUGUCAGAGGUCUUUCUUUGUCCCCCCACAAUCCACUUGACCGGUAACAGAAAAGAGCUGUGACAGAGUUUCUGGUAUAUUCACUGACAUUUGUGGUUUUCUGUGUUAUGUCAGUUCACACAAGGUCUCUUUUGUGUCUCAGGAAAGAAACGACUUGAACAAUAGGCUGCUAGUUUGUCUUUCAAUGACCUGCACGUUAUUUUGGAAGACUUUUGUUGCCGUUUUAAGGCACAUGAUGAAGAGAAUGAACACUGUUAGAAGAUUUCACAUUUACUCAGUACUGUUAAUCUAGAUUUGUGGUGAAUCUGUGAAUGUUUGAUGAACAUAUGAUUACACAAAUAAAAAUAUUUGAUUGUUUAUCAAUAUUGAUAUUGUAUUUUCUGAUUGUUCUGCACUGUUUUAUUGGCAUUCUCUCUUUCUGUGGUCAUGUGACUUUCGUAGUUUCACUGAUGUUGGAAAGUGCUGUUCACUUCUAUGUGGAAGGAUGUGUAUAUUAUUGAUAAGUUUUUUCUUUCAGUGCAACAUAAAAGACAUUAUAUAAUUAUUCAGGGUUUACUUUAAAACAAUGGCUUUGCAACACAAUAAGGGAAAAAUGUUUUAAA